AUGUCUUCCGGCCUAAGGUUUCUUCGUGUUCGUUCAAUCCUUUCUUUGGUGAAUAAUAACGCCGAUCGAGUCACGUGCUGCUUUUUCGUUCAAAAGAAAUGGUAUUCGCCUUCAUCACGGGAUUAUCGUCAACAACCGAAUUACGUCAGACAACAAGUGUUGCACACUUCUUCGGGACUUAAUAGAACCAAAGCUGGUAUUUUCAGUCCCGUCGAAGAAUUUGGAUCCACCUCAAACGAGGAAAAGGAUUCUUCCAUUAGUGUCGAGGAUCUGCUUUACGACAUCUUUAAACAUAACGACGCCGAUCAUUUAGUCGUUGGGGAUUUUCUUUCGGCAUUAUGGUCGACUGGGCUGCGAAACACGGAUCCUCGACUAAGCGAGCUGAUGCAAAAUCUUCAAAAGAUUCAGCAAGACUUAGGCAGAGAUGGUCCUGGCAAUCUUGAAAAUCUGAAGCUCAACCGCGACCAAUUCAAAGCAUCCAUCAAUGAAAACAUCGUGCUCGUCUCGCGAGCGUUUCGUCGCCAAUUUGUCAUUCCAGAGUUUGAAGAAUUCACGGAUAAAAUCGAAAAAUUUUACUACACUUGUAAAGAAAUCGACACUGGAAAGGUAGCGGCCUACAUCCCACAACUAGAGCGGAUGAGUCCGAACUAUUGGGGUGUCAGUCUUUGCACCAUAGACGGCCAGAGGUUUUCCAUCGGCGACGUCAAAAUACCCUUCACUAUUCAGUCGUGCAGUAAACCGCUCACCUAUGCUAUCGCCUUAAACGAAUUGGGUUCGGAAGUCGUUCAUCGUUACGUCGGGCAGGAACCCAGUGGCAGAAUGUUCAACGAACUGAUCCUCGAUCAUAACAAAAAACCUCACAAUCCGAUGGUAAACGCGGGAGCUAUUCUCGUACUUAGUCUCCUGCUUAAUCUAAGCGAGGUAGACAUGUCGUUGGCCGAAAAAUUCGAUUGGGUCAUGAAUUACUUCAAGCGGAUGUCUGGCGGUGAGUUCGUUGGUUUUAACAACGCCGUCUUUCUGUCGGAACGCGAAAAUGCAGAUCGCAAUUACGCUUUGGCCUUCUACAUGCGUGAAAAUAAAUGCUUCCCCGAGAAGAUCAAUCUGCGCGAAUGUCUUGAUUUUUAUUUUCAGUGUUGCUCCAUGGAGGUAGACUGCGAAAGCAUGUCCGUCAUCGCUGCCACACUCGCUAACGGAGGUAUCUGCCCUACUACCGGAGAUCAAGUUUUGAAACCAGACUCUGUGAGAGACGUGUUAUCCCUUAUGCACUCCUGCGGAAUGUACGACUACUCUGGUCAAUUUGCAUUCACCGUUGGCCUUCCUGCAAAGUCUGGCGUUUGUGGCGGUCUUCUGGUCGUAAUUCCAAAUGUGCUGGGCAUUGCUUUGUGGUCACCCCCGCUAGAUCAAUCUGGAAAUUCAGUUCGAGGCAUAGAAUUUUGUAAAGAACUGGUCAGCAUGUUCAACUUCCAUCGUUACGACAAUUUGAAACACGCAGUAAACAAGCAAGACCCUCGCCGACACAAAUAUGAGACCAAAGGUCUCAAUAUUGUAAGCUUGUUGUUCUCUGCGGCUGCUGGCGAUGUGACAGCUAUGAGACGUUAUAAGCUCUCUGGUGUAGAUAUGACCCAAUCCGAUUACGAUAACCGUACGGCUUUGCAUUUGGCUGCUGCAGAAGGACACGUGGAUUGCGUGGAUUUUCUUUUAAAAUACUGCGGGGUGCCACCCAACCCUGUCGACAGAUGGGGGCAAACACCGAAAGAUGAAGCGUUGCGAUUCAAUCAUAGUGCCGUUGCUGAGCUAAUACAAUCUUACAUGGAUAAGAAGCCAAUCGCUGAAGAACCGGUAGAAGAUCCGAAAGCUAAAAGCAAGGAUCAAGGAAGUAUAGGUUCAAUUUUUUAAAGAGCUCAGGAACAGCUAUUCGUGGAUGAAUGAAACUCGAUUAGGAUCAGAAAAUCUGAAGAAAAAUGGUUAUCCUUAAACAAGUAAUUGGAAUGUAGAACUGUGUGUGCUUCCUCGAGCAUCUUUCUCCUUCCAGUUCUCAAUUUGUUGUUAAUGUCAUCUCGUACACUACUGUGUCUUGUAGUAGCGUUUUUUCGUAUAGCUAUCAACCCAAAAUCACUCCCGCAAGGACUUGGAUUUAAAAAGUUGGAUCGACUCCAUGACUGUGUUUCAAUAUGAGUUUUUAAUUCCAUUUUAUUGUUGUUAAUAAUCACAUUGUGUACUUGAGAAAAUCGGCAACUAUCGAGUCGUACAAGUUCUUCGGUCGAAGUUUACCCGUUCUGCUUCAAUAUUUUGAACGGUAGUUUUGCAUUGUUCACUAAAUCGCCGUUGUCUGUUUAGCUACUUGCUGUUUGUUUUUCCUUCGAUUUUGUUUAGCCAGAGCACUUGUUAAAAACGAUGGCACCAGUGGUCUGUUGUAGUUUGAAGAAACAAUAAAGGAAAAUUGAGUGCGGUAAA